UUAUUUCUCAGUGUUAGUAUAUUUUACUCAAGCUUAGUAAUCAGAAUAAUGCUUUGAUGUCAUAAAAUAAAUGAAGUCAUUCCUUUCUAUUAAAACUGUUUAUGCUGUUCUCCACCUUUUCCUUAACCAGACAAGGCCGUUGUACUGCAGGAUUAACCAAAGUGUACCAGUCCUGGACCAUUUUUUUAGCCAGGAGGAUCCCAGGCCUGAUUUUCGGCUAAGCAGGGAGUCUCUGGCAGUGUUGUUAAAUCUCCUGAACCAGGAUCGGCGGCAUGGAUGGGGUGCCACAAUUGAGAUCCUGGUGUUUCUUUUCUGGUUGCAAGUGGAGCAUCCUACGGGGUGGUCUCAAGAGUGUUUGGGAUGCCUCGUUCUACUGUCCACUAUAUCAUCCACCGAGUCACAAAAGAGGUGUUGGCCAUUCGCUACCAGGUCAUCCACCUCCCAACAACCCCAGAGGACCUGGAGGUAGUGUCCCGUGGGUUUGCAGGGCUGGCACGCCACAGAGCCUUUAUGAAAGCGGUGGGUGCAAUCGACGGCUGCCACAUACGCAUCACGUGUCCAAGUGGCCCUGAUGGUCAGUGCUAUAGGAACAGAAAACUGUUUCCAUCAAUCAUCUUGCAGGCCGUUUGUGACCAUGGGGGCCGCUUCAUCGACACAUACGUGGCCUGGGUCGGUGCAUGAUUCCAGGGUACUCCGCCACAGCCCACUGUAUAGUCAGUCAGUCUAUCCUCCUCCAGGGCAUUUCAUCCUCGCAGAAGGAGGGUACCCAUGCCUCCAGCGUCCAGUCCCCCUUAUCACACCCUACAAGAGGCCAGUCCAAGGUGUGGGAGCCCAGCGCUUUAACAGCCAUCAUUCCAGGGCACGCUCCAUAAUAGAGCGUGCUUUUGGGAUGAUGAAGAGCAGGUUCAGGGCCAUCUUCCUGCAAGCGCUGGAGGUGCACCACACCUUUGUACCUCAUGUAAUAACAGCAUGUGCCAUCCUCCACAACAUUUGCCUCAGUGCUGGCGACAUUGUGGCUCCUGAGGAUGAACCUGAGGAAGAUGGAGCAGAGGAUGAUGAGGGGGAGGCUGGAUUGGAGGCAGUCAGUGGUGCUCUGUGCUCUGUGAGUUCAGUGAAAUUUGUUUUCAUCAAUUAAAAUAACACAGAAAAAGGUAAGAAAUGUAUUCAAAAAAAAGAAUAUCUGAAGGCACAACCAAUUUGGGAACUAAUUUUCAUUAA